CCCCCCAUCUCUGCUCUAUGACAUUUCCAGAGCCUUCGACCCCCUCUCCAAAGAGCACACCCCCACCGGCACACCCCUCCCUCUACCAAGAGCCAAUGGGCAUAAAACAGAUAGGUCCCGCCUCCUCUAGGAUUACAGGAGGUCGCUGUCACUUAUCUAGCGCCAGAUUCUCUUGCUCGGACGGGGAGCUUGCGCGCGGGAUCUUUGCCCGGGAGAGAUCAAGCGGAGGGGCGGCUUUCUGGGUUUUUUCUUUUUGCGAAGAUGGCGGUAGAUCUCGCUGACUGGGAGGUAUCCCUAGAACUCUUGGAGGUGGAUGAGAAGCCGGCGGUUCCUCUUUCGGUCAACUACGGGUCGGUGGAGAUCGACGAGCUGGGCAAAGUCCUCACUCCCACCCAGGUCAAGAAUCGCCCGACGAAGAUCGACUGGGAGAACUGCAAUGCAGAAAAGCUGUACACUUUGGUCCUUACUGACCCUGAUGCACCGAGCAGGAAAAACCCAAAGUUCAGGGAGUGGCACCACUUCCUAGUGGUCAAUAUGAAAGGCAAUGACAUCAGCAGCGGCAAAGUCUUGUCGGACUACGUGGGCUCUGGACCACCUAAAGGAACAGGGCUCCAUCGCUACGUGUGGCUGGUCUACGAGCAAGCCCAGGAGCUGGAAUGCAACGAGCCCAUCCUCAGCAACCGGUCCGGGGAUAAACGGGGCAAUUUCAAAGUGGAAAGUUUCCGCAAGAAGUAUAAGCUGGGGGGCCCCGUGGCAGGAACAUGCUACCAGGCCGAGUGGGACAACUAUGUGCCGUUGCUCUACAAUCAGCUGUCUGGGAAAUAAAACCCGCCUCUUCCAACCCCCCACCCUCCCCCUGCUCUGAUUCCUUCUCCUAGAACGGAGAUCUUAAGCCCUCUACAACUCCCACUAUCCCUGACCAUUGGCUAACCUGGCUGGGGCAGAUAGGAGUUGUACUCCAAGAGGGGCACAAUGUGGAAGGAGGCUGUCUUUAGCACUCCCAUUUCCUGUAGUGUUAAGUAAAUUGGAUUGAAGACUAAUAAGUGACACACACACACCCUGCUCCUGAAACUCCAACAGGGAUAGAUUGAUUCUGCAAGAUGAUUGGCCAUACUAGACAGUUUCUGGUGGGGUGACAGUCAGAGGUGCAGUAAAUGAAUUUGUUACAACAAAGGAACUGUGGCAAAACAUCUCUCUUUUGUGUGUGGCAUUUUAUCUACUUUUGGAGCGGUGUGGUGAUGUUUUUUGGAUUGGAGGGAUGCACAGAACUCACACUCCUUUAGAAUCCUCUUUGCUGCAAACCUAUUUAGAUUCCCAUGUCCCUCAAAACAGCUGCAUCACCUUAUAACAUAAAUUCUGGGGGUUUAAACAAUGCGGUCAGCAGCAUGGAGCUGCCCGGGAUCAUGCUGUUGAGUUUUCCACCCUGCUGUUGAAAUUUCCCUACACCACCUCGAGAUGCAUAGGGGCAGUGUUCUCCCCCUCCAAAACAAAUCACUCUAGGCUUUCAAAUAUUCGUAAGCUCAGCCCAGUUCCAAGGAGGCCUUUCCUGGGACUGUUGAGUUACUUAGCCCGGAAUUGCUUGCAAGCUAUGAAACUGGGAUUUCAAAGGGAGUGGGAUAACAUUAAGCAGGAAUUGCUGGCUGUCCAGUUUUUUCUCGGAAAACAAAACCACAAACAGCCACUUUUCUCCUUAAAACCAAAAAUUGUUGCACUAAACCACAAAUGGGAGCCUUUUUUAUUUGCAUGUUGGAAGUUUUCUUCCAGGACAAGUGCUGACAGCGAGGAGAAAGACCAGCAGAGUCGGGGACUGAAAUGUGGGCUUUAUCCAUUGCCUGGCGGUGCCAACCCGCGUGAAGUCACAAACACCACAAAGGCAAUGCAUGAAAUGGUUCCAUGUGUUACAAGGGGUCGCAUUUGGGACUUUUACCUUUGGUCUUUGCUUCCCUGUACUUGCUACCUUUGGAGACAACACACCUAACCUCCAGCAGAGGCCAAGAUGAGCGCCUUCCCCUUUAGUAUGUGGUUAAAGAGAGACGAUCCCCUGAGGCAGCUCCAUCGUUUGUGCUUAAGAUACAGGAUGCUGGAAGGUGCUUCUCGGGCUUUGGUCCUCUGCUUAGAUCCUGGCUGUCUUUAGUUUCUCUUGGUAUCUCCACAGGAUCCUGGUGUCCUCGUGAGCAGUCGAUUUUAGAAAUCUCUGCUUUCUUUUGUCCGUGAUGUGUUUUUUUUAUGAGGUUCACCCCACUGCCUUCAGUCUCAUUUUGCCAAUAUAUCUAAUGUAGGAAAUGUUUCUCCUCUGCCCCACCCCCUCCCCCAAAAUGUGUCUCUUAAACCAAUGUGUAAACAAGGCCUUUUGAUGUUCUUGGGAGAUCUUUGAAUGCUGCACACAUACAUUGUCACUUGCGUUUAUAGCCCUCUGUUGACAAGGGGCUGUGGUUUAUGCUUUGACUCUGUUCUCGUUCUUUGAAUUAAAAGCUUGGAAUUGAA